AUGCCAGUAUGGCCCCCAUCCAGGGAGGUGCUACGUGCCUCAAGAAAAUUCAAUGUAAUCAUGGACCUGGACCAAAUUGCUACUAGGAUGGUCAACUCCCCCAGACCCCUGACCACAAUCCUUUCCCAUACCAACGUGUCGCAAUCCUUUGAAGGCUUCAUUCUAAAGCGUGAAGGCAGUGACUGCACACGUCAUGUUUUGUUACCGGACAGGGUGGAUCCACUGAAUCUGCCCCCUGACCUUGGUCACUUCAGGUGGUUAAAACAGUCAUAUGUACCUACCCUUCAACAGCUUGGAGAGUGGCGGAUGAUCUUGGUAGACUGCAAGCCAUUGUAUGUUAUACACACAGCUCCUGGAAAUAGAGAGCAGGAGUGGGUCUUCUUGCAUCGGGAUGCCGGUCUGUCCCUGGCGGAAAUGAGCCUGCUUAUGAGGGAACCGUAUGUCUUUGAUGAUAUCAUGGAUCCAGUAGGGGGCACACUUGCUGAACGACGCCUAGCUGAUCUAGAACUGGAGUCCUUUGUGACAGCCGCAUUAAGUCAACUUGUAUGCAUUGAGGAAGAGUUUCUGGGUACAUCCAGCUCCUUGAGGCUAAUGGCCAGAGUGGAUGUCAGUGUCAUGCAUGGUCCCAAUGGCCAAUUAGGGUAUUUCAUCAACGAGGUGGAACGUGGUGUAGGUAUCGGGCUAUUCAGCACCGGAAAUCCAAGAUGGACCUUACGGCUGGCCGAUGAAUUUGCAUGCAUGUUCUCCAGGUGGAUGACUGACACCUGCAUAACUAUGGGACGCCUAGUGGACCCAGAGAUGUAG